AUGAUGAAAUCCAAUGGAUCUCCGACAGGUAGCCCCACAAACCGGCAUAGGGCCCACCUGGUCUUUGGCACGAGCCCGCGACCCGGCUUCGAGGCGCUUCGCACGGAUUGGGUCUUGUGGCAUUACAUGGGCUGCAGCCACUUCCCCAAGGAGCUUCCGAGCCUCCCAGUCAAAGUCGUCAAUGAGCGCAUCGCGCUCCUGGCGUGUGCCGCCAGUGGAUUGGUGGACUAUGCCGUGAAGGUACAUAUCCUCGAGCACCUGGACGCGUACCAGACCUGGGAAGCCUCCAUGGCCGCCAAUCAGGCUCAGGAGGCGAAGCCGGGUCUCUUGGCGCCCUUCGAUGCGGCGACCUGCAAGGAGGUCGCCUUGCGCCGUGCCUUGGGUCAAGCGCUCCCAGCGGAGAUCGCCGACCAAGGAGCUAAGGCCAAGGCCUGGAAGCCUGCGCUGCAGUCCUUGGCCGACGACGCGAAGUCCAGGGCAGUGCUACCUUCGUACUCGGCGCCGGUGGCACCAAAGGAGGAGAAAGGUGAAGGGAAGGAAGGGAAGAAGCGCAAGGCUGACGCACCCAAGGGAGACGCUGGCGCUGCUGGCGCAGCCGCAGUGGAUGCAGGUGCCUUUGCCCAAGUGUAUGGGUCCACCCAGACACAGGAGUACCGUUGGCAUCUCUUAGCUUAUAGCAUGCAGCCAAGCACGACUCUGGGCGCAGCUGCAGGAACCAACAAGUCUUCCUCCAGCAAGGCACCCGCGUCGAAGUCGAAGACGCCGGGGCCACAAGGCUUUGGUGGCAUUUGGUCCCCAACAGGAGAUGUCGUGCCUCCGGGGCACACCACCUAUUCGUGGACCCGUACCGAGAGUGGGAACAAGGGCUUCUCCACGAUCUGGGCGGCCAGUGCUUCACAGUGCCCACCGGGUCAUACGACCUACUCCUGGGAGAAGGGCGGUGGCGUCACGUCCCAAAGCUCGCCCAGCAAGGCCAAAGCCCAGAAGGCGGCGCCGGACAAGACGACGCCUGCAGCCAAGGCGCCUGCAGCUGCUGCGGGCACGGAUGACAAGGAGGCCGCGCUGGCGAAGAUCGACCUUCGCUGUGGCCGGAUCGUCGAAUGCAGUCGAGUCGUGGAUGCCGAUUCGCUGUACCUGCUGAAGAUCAACAUUGGGGAAGAGCAGCCGAGACAGGUGGUGUCCUCUCUGGUGAAACACUACAAGGAAGAGGAACUCAAAAACCGACAGGUGGUGGUGUACUGCAACAUCAAACCUGGAAAGAUGAGGGGCCUCGAGAGCCAGGCGAUGGUUCUUGCGGCCGUGAAAAACAAAGGGGCGGAGGACGAAGUUUGUGAGCUGCUGGAUCCGCCCAGUGGUGCUGCAGAGGGCUCACGGCCCAUGGUGGGAAAUUUGGAGGUGGGCAGUGCGCGUGACACGGUGAACGUGAAGAACAUCUCCAAGGUCUGGGGUCAAGUGCAGCCAUCCUUGCUGACGAACGAGAAGUGUGAGGCCUCCUUCGAUGGAGCCACGAUGAUGAUGAAGGAGGGGCCGGUCCGCGCCAAGUCUUUGACCAACGUGGCCAUUUCCUGA